CCUUUUCCCUGUUUACUAGGUCCUUGGCGUCAAACCAACCAAUCGCUCCCCUCGAAGCUAUCGCGUGAGCCAAUCAGCUGGGUUGCGCUGUAUUCCUGAGCCAAUCAGAAGACAGUGCGCUGCUCCUGUGAGUCAGACUGCUGAUGACAAGGGGUUUGUUUGGGUUAAAGAGUCGCCUAGUGAUCGCUGACGAGGAAGGAAUAAACAGGUGUGGAGAUGAAGCUGCUCGGCGCUGUUUAAACCUCCGUCUGGUCAUGGAGUUCCGCUUUGGGAAUGUGGUGUUCAGCUCGCGCUUCGACUCCGGGAACCUGGCGCGUGUGGAGUGUGUGGAGCGGGUCGAGCGGGUGGAGCGGGUCGAACCCGGCGCUGAGAGUGUCCGGCCGGCCAACGCUUCAGUGCAGCCGCAGCACGACUACGAGUUCAACGUCUGGACCAAACCCGACUGCGCAACCACUGAGUUCGAGAACGGCAACCGGUCGUGGUUCUACUUCAGCGUGCGAGGGAUGUUACCGGGCAAACUCCUGAAGAUCAACAUGAUGAACAUGAACAAGCAGAGCAAGCUGUACUCGCAGGGCAUGGCUCCGCUCGUGCGCGCGCUGCCCGUGAGGACGCGCUGGGAGAGGGUUCGGGACAGGCCCACGUUUGAGAUGUCGGACAGUCAGUUCAUCCUGUCGUUUGUCCACCGCCUGCUGGACGUGCGAGGCGUCACCACGUACUUCUCCUUCUGUUACCCGUUCUCGUACACGGAGUGUCAGGACAUGAUGCUGCAGCUCGAGCAGAAGUUCCUGAGCGCCACACACACACACACACACACACUGGGGCCCUGCAGUCCGGCGGAGAGCGUGUACUUCCACCGUGAGCUGCUGUGCCACUCUCUGGACGGCCACCGGGUGGACCUGAUCACGGUCUCGUCGUGUCACGGUUUGCUGGAGGAGCGAGAGCCUCGACUGGACAGACUCUUCCCGGACCUCAGCACCCCGAGGCCGCACUGCUUCACUGGCAAACGGGUGUUUUUCCUGAGCAGCCGAGUUCAUCCCGGAGAGACGCCGUCUAGCUUUGUCUUCAAUGGUUUCCUGAACUUCAUCUUGAGUCGGGAUGAUCCGCGCGCUCAGACGCUCCGCAGGAUGUUUGUCUUCAAACUCAUUCCCAUGCUGAACCCCGACGGGGUCGUCAGGGGUCAUUACAGGACGGACUCCCGCGGUGUGAAUCUGAACAGACAGUAUGUGAACCCCAGUCCAGAUCUGCACCCCUCCAUCUACGGCGCCAAAUCUCUCCUGCUUUACCACCACAUGCACAAUCGCCUCGCCAACAACACUCCCUCCGCCCUCAAAACCUCCAACCAAUCAAACACCAGCUUUCCUGUGACCACGCCCACUGAGCUAGAGCGCUGUCUCAACCAGCGCAACGAGGCGGAGCGUGGAGACGGGCCAAUCCCGAUGCAGCUGGAGGAGAGCUGGGAGAAGGGCGGAGUCGAGAAGGAGGCGGGCCCUUGCGAUGAGAACCAAUUGACGCAGAGCAGAGGUGACGCCCCCUUAGUGACAAGCCCCGCCCCCUCUGAGCAGAUCCCGCCCCAGGAAAGCGGAGUGGCGUAUUAUAUAGACCUGCACGGCCACGCCUCCAAGAGAGGAUGCUUCAUGUACGGCAACAACCUGACGGACGAGAGUCAGCAGGUGGAGAACAUGUUAUAUCCGAAGCUGAUCUCACUAAACUGCGCCCAUUUUGAUUUCCUGGGCUGUAAUUUCUCCGAAAAGAACAUGUACGCCCGCGACAAACGCGACGGCCAGUCGAAAGAGGGCAGUGGACGUGUGGCCAUUCACAAAACCAUCGGCCUGAUCCACAGCUACACACUGGAGUGCAACUACAACACGGGGCGUUCGGUGAACACCAUCCCACCCGCCUGUCACGAUAACGGAAGAGCCACGCCCCCUCCGCCGCCCGCCUUCCCGCCCAAAUACACACCUGAGGUGUACGAACAGGUGGGGCGAGCGGUUGCCAUAGCAGCGCUGGACAUGGCGGAGUGUAACCCGUGGCCGCGGCUAGUUCUGUCUGAACACAGCAGCCUAAUGAACCUGCGGGCCUCCAUCCUCAAACACGUGAGGAACAGCAAGGGCUUCGCGUCCGACAACCGCAGGAACACGAAAAACAACAGCCCACCUAAACCUGCUCUCGUUGUGUGUUUUCCCAGAAGCCUGAGCAUCUCUGCCUCUGAGAACUCGCUCACUCGGACGCGCAGUAUCGCAGAUGUCCAGGGAUCCCGGCAGACUCCGUCUCAGAUCAAGAGUUCUCCCAGCUUCACCUUCGGCAGCUCGGCCUGCGCUCACGGCCCCGGCGCUCACCGGCCCCCGCACAGGAGCCUGGGGCCCGUCAGAGACUGUAAAGCGCAGGAGAAGAGGCGUCCGCAUCAUCAGCACCAGCGGCUCUCUCUCCGCUCCAGCCUCGCUCGCCCCGCUCUCUCUCCCUCCUCCUCCUCCUCGUCCUCCUCUUCCUCCGCCUCUUCGUCCCCCGGGGGUGUCGUCGGGGCCCCGGGGCCCUGCUCCAUCAGCUCCAUCAGCACGGCAGGCAACAGCUGCCCUGAGUUCCGCCCAGCCGGCCAGACUAAUGAGAUGCGUGGUGGGCGGGGCAAGGCUGGUCGAUCAGGCCCCGCCCACUCUCAGGCGUCCUAUCAGAGGACGGCGUUCACGGCACAGGAACCGUUGCGGGAAUCUCUGGACAUCCUGACGUCUAUAGAGUACAGCAGGUGUGAGCUGCAGCCGCGGCCCAGCCGUAUCCCGGUGCGGAGGGCGGUUCGGUCCGCCGUCGUCCCGCUCACGGGCCUCGAGACGCACAACAUGAGCGUGUGGAAACUGAUCACACCCGACGUCAAGAAACACCUGGCGGGUGUUUCUGGGAAAGACGGGUCAUUGCGUCUCGCCUCCAAAUCUCUGCUGAAGAGCUCUGGAGACGCUAGAGAUAAACACACAAACAGCCCCGCCUUCUGAAAGCACACUGUGCUCUGAUUGGUC